AUGGCUCCAUUCAGUGAAGCCGACACCAAGAUCUACCGCAGAGAUGUGGCUUCAGGCGGCCGAGCCCUGUCUGCGGCAGAACGUGAGAAGCUUUUGCAACGAUAUCUUCCUACACCACCCUCAGAAUCUUCGCAGAAAGAUUCACAAACGCCCAGUACCUCCCAACGCUCGAAAACAAGAGGGCACAGGAGAAGAGUGCGGCCUUUCCUGAAGUCGAAGUUGCAUUUUUUAAUCUUCUUCCUCAUACAACUCGUUUUUGGCAUAUACAUUCGAUUGCGCCAGAUCUACCACGCCACCGUUUACCGUCUACUCGGCAUCAGGCACCAUCACCACCGCACCCCAGAAUAUAUACAGAAAGAUGUCAAGAACCUCGACCGCAUACCUGAGCACCUCAGUGUGAUAUUGAAGUUCAAGUCAGAGGAAGAUGGUGGACUAGAAGCAUUAAUGGAUGAGGUUGCAGAGCUCUGUGCUUGGUCCGCAGCUGCUGGAAUCCCCCUGCUGAGUGUCUACGAAAAGUCGGGGAUAUUGAAGACGUACAUGGUGUCUUUGCAAGAGCUGGUGAAGCAGAGACUUUCGUCUUACUUCGGUGCCCCCCCAGCGGCGCCGACUCUGAGAGUGUUUGCUCCCAACCAUCCCUCCAUGAACCUGUCGCGGACGCCCUCACCGCUACUUACAGCACAAUCAGUUCCCGAUGGAAUUGAAGACUCGCGCGCCGACACGCGGCCACCCCAUCUGGACCUUCUCCUGCUGUCCGCCACAGACGGACGAGACACACUGGUCGACUUGACCAGGACCCUAGCCGAGAUGGCCCAAGCUCAAAAGUUGCGCCCCAAGGACAUAACCUCCAAUCUCAUCAACACCGAAAUCAGCGCGACGACCGCGAUCCCGAACUCGAAGCUCGCGGGCGCCGAGCGACCUGCUGGGAAAGAGGUCGAAGCUGGCGAACCAGACCUUGUCAUCGUGUUCGGCCCAGUUGUGAAGCUGGACGGAUACCCACCGUGGCAGAUCCGGCUAAGCGAGAUCUUCUGCGUGGGCGACUCGGGGGGUGAUGUUUCUGGCAGCGGCAGCACGAGGGUUGAGUAUCAGGCCUUCCUCAGAGCGCUGUGGAAAUACGCCGGGGCAAAUUUCAAUUUUGGGAGAUGA